AUGUGGAGCAAUUAUAAAAGAUCUAAUGGUUUUAGUGUAAAUAAAAUUAUUUGUAUAGCUUAUAAAAGCCAUUAUGAAACGCUAAAUAUCUCUAAAACUGCCACACAUAAAGAAAUAAAAGAUGCGUAUUAUCGACUAUCAAUGAUAUAUCAUCCAGAUAAAAUAUAUGAUGGUGCAGCUAACUUAAAUCAAAAUUCUUCUCAAUUUACUACUAAACAACAACCUUUUGAGACAAUGCAUACAAAAAAUGAUAUUGAUAAAACCAAUGUCCGUAGCAGAGACUAUAAUUUUGAACAGUGGUAUAAGGCUCAUUAUACAAAUGAACUUAGACGACACCAUGAAACUCGACAAAAACAUACAAGAAACAAAAUGAACGAUGAAUAUGCAGAACGACAA